ACGGGAAUGAAAAUCUGCGGUCCUUGCGUUUUCUGUGCCGGAGUAGAUUGCUGCUUCUUUCUUCUGGUUGUUGUUCUUCCUCUUCCUAAUAUUUAUUGUCAUCGUCAUCAGCGUUCCCCAGGAGCUCAGCUGGGGCUGGGGUUUGACUCUUUCAUUAAGAAAGCGAAGCAAAACCAUGUGAAGAGUGGUAAUGCCCAGCGUGCAGCGAUCUGGCUGGAGGCUCUUUCAGGCAGAAUUACCUUCGGGACUUUGGAGCCGGCGAGGAAAGAAAUGCAGUUUCUGUCUGUUCCAGAGACUGUGGCAAACUGUAGCCAUUUCUGGGAUUCAGCCUAGGAAUUAUAAAUCCUUUUUCCCUUUUUUUUUUUUUUACAUUUUUUUAAAAAUUCUUUUUAAUUACUUUUUCCUUGCCAGGUAUCAUAGGGCUCUUUGCAGAUAUAUAAGAGGCUAUGAAACCACUCAAUAAUGUACCUGCCCGUGUCAGAGGAGUUUAACUUUCGACGCAAAGCAAUUGUUUAAACUUAAAUUUAACCCCGUGUUGCACCCUGUGGUGCAUGCAGGAUGUUUUUACCAAGUAGUGUCUGUGCAGGGCAUCCCCGAGUCAUCAAACCAGUGAAAGCAGAGCGUGUAAAUUAAUUAAUUAACUAAUCUAUUAGAGAUUCCUUGUUUUGGCAAGGGUGUUUACAGGCCAUCCAAGGUCCGUUGGAAUAAACAGGAAAACUCUCACUGGCGAUGACUCAUGUCCGUGGGCUUCGGACCAGUGCAGGGUGUUGGAAAUGUGCUUUUCCAAGUGGAACUCCGUAGGUAUCCCUCCCCCAGCCCCUUUGGCUUGUAAAGGGAGUGGGAUGAGGUGCAGAGUGGUGUCAGACAGCAGCUUGCUGGUUUGUGGCUUGCUUUAAGUACAUUCGCUAAUUGCACGCGCGCUCCUUGGGGUUUCACAAGCCAUUGAUCUUUAAUUAAUUGCUAAUGGCUGAGCCUGCUGCUGUUUGUGCGACUUAUGAGGCAAUUGCAGCCUGUCCUUCUGCAGUAAUUAUUAUUGUGGUGGCAUCUCGGGGUGUGCAGUGUCUGCCCUGAAACUUCCAGGUGCGGGGUGCUUGCGAGUGAGCCACCAGACCCGCCUGGGAGCGCACAGCUUGGCUGGCUGGCAGGUUUCCCUCUCUCAAGGGACUUUUCCUCAUACCCUUUCUGGUCUCUUGCUUAUCCCAGGCUGCACAGGAUUUCACAGAUAAAUUCUGCAUCAUUCCCACGACUUCUGUGAGGUCUCCACUUGCCCCAUGGACAGGCUCCAUCCACGGCAGGGCUUCGAGCAUGUCUGAGCCACUGCCUGGGGGCUCACAGGCUUGAGCUCUGAGAGGGGAGAGAUGUGCCCCACAGCACCUCCCUGUCCCCGUUCCUGCCUAGAUGGAGACCCGCAGCCCAGCACCAUGAGGACCAACCGCUGCAGCCACCUGCCUGGAGUGCCUCCGGAGCGCCCGCACCCUCCAGCCCCCGAUGGGAAGAGCCUGCCUGGCAGCAGUGGGGGCCUGGCCACCAGCUGUCCCCAGUAUGUCAUGCAGGUGUCCUCCAAGGAUGGGCAGCUGCUCUCCUCCGUGGUGCGGACCCUGGCUGUGCAGAGCAGCCCCUUCAAUGACCGGCCCAUCUGCAGGAUCUGCCACGAGGGCAGCAGCCACGAGGAGCUGCUGUCCCCCUGUGAGUGCACGGGGACCUUGGGGACCAUUCACCGCAGCUGCCUGGAGCGCUGGCUGUCCUCCUCCAACACCAGCUACUGUGAGCUCUGCCACUUCAGGUUUGCAGUGGAGCGCAAGCCCAGGCCACUGGUGGAGUGGCUGAGGAACCCGGGCCCCCAGCAUGAGAAGAGGACUCUCUUUGGGGACAUGGUGUGCUUCUUGUUCAUCACUCCGCUGGCCACCGUCUCCGGCUGGCUCUGCCUGCGAGGAGCCGUGGACCACCUGCACUUUAGCAGUAGGCUGGAAGCUGUUGGCCUCAUUGCACUCACUGUGGCACUCUUCACUAUUUACCUCUUUUGGACCCUGGUGUCCUUCAGGUACCACUGCCGGCUGUACCACGAGUGGCGUCGGAACAAUCAGCGGGUGAUGCUCCUCAUCCCAAAAUCUGCCAACGUCCCCUCCACCCAGCAGUCCCUGCUGGGCCUGCAGCCCCUCAAAAGGAGCUCCAAGGAGACAAUCGUGUGAUUUUGGGGUGCAGCUGCACACUAAAGGUGUUUUGUUUUUCCUCAGACCCGUUGGGGUCGGGCAGCGUCCAGCAGCCAGGAAUGUGCAAUUUGGAUUUACAGACUGACUGCAGAGGGAUAAAUCAGAGUCAGAAUUCAAGUCAUGGAUGCUGCAGUCAUCUGUGGCAUUUGCUAAGCUGCCAAAUGUGUCUAGUGAGCAGGGACCCUAUGGAUUCUGCAAAUAUGUUAAUUGUUGCGUCGAGUGAUGCAAACUUUUUUUAUUGUUUAAAGUAUUAAACUGUGGUAAUUAACAAUGCAAAACAGGUUUAAAAAGUGCUUUGUUUUUAUGAUUUCUUGCUCCUACAGUACUGUUUCUUUAGGCAGCUGGACAGUAACCAAUAUUCAUUUCUGCUUCCUAAAGUGCAGCAAUGGCAUUUCCUCAUUUGAUUUUAUCUGCAGGUCCAUUAUACCAAUGUUUUGAUUAUUAAAAUCUGUGUGCAAUGAGCUCUAUAAAUUGGCACAUUAUUUAAAUGCUACAAAGCAAUUAGAAAAUUGUAUUACCUGUUUCCUAUUUGGCAGGGAAGGUCUGACAGGAAGAUUUUUCAGUUAUGACUCUAGCAUGCGCAAAAGAAAAAUUACACAAAUUGCAAUAAUGUUCCUGUCAAAAGUAUUAUAGCACAUAGCACUCAGGAAAAAAAAUUUAAAAAUUCUACUUUUCCAUGAAGAAGCACCACAUUCUUCAGUGAAGUGCACAUUCUGCUGGUGUGAAUUCAAACUUAGCCAACAUAUCCUGCAUUUAUACCAUGCUGAAUUUAACUCUACAGCUUACUUUUGUAUAGGGAAAGCUCUGCAUACAUAAUGAAUGAGAUCAUCAUAUAAGUUUUAGAAAGUGGGGACACAUCUUGCAUGAAGAACAGCAUUAUUUUAAAGCAGCAGAAACUCCAGCUUGACAGGUAGGAUUUGGCAGAGUGUGUUCAAACCCUGACCUCUCAUGGUAGCACUGAGACAAAAAAAAAAAAAAAAAAAAAAAUUAAAAAUAUUUAAUAACACAGUCUUCUAUGGUGACCACAUUGAAUUUGGAGUGUAAAACCAGACCUUAUUCCUGGGUGACGUUAUCUGCUUCCCCUUGGUUUUAUGCCUAAUUUAUUCAGCAAUUCACUUCCAGAAGAGACUUAUUUUAAAUAACUACACAAAAUCUCAUUGCCAAAUGCUGCUAGAAUUAGAAACUGAUACAGAGCCCCUCUGAACAGAUUAAUUUCUUGGAAUUGUGCACAGAGGGCAGUACCACCAUGUGCUUUGUUUUCCAAAAACUGCAGGAACUGAAAAUCAAAAGGAAGACAUAGCAGGAAGGCUAAUAAUUUGUUAUUCAUAAAGUUCGAGGUAUUAUGGGUAUUUACUAUCAGACAAGAAGUUAUUUGAUGUUUUGUGUGUGCUCUGUGGGGGUGAAAAAGCUUAGUACACAAAGCCAAAUCUGUUAAAUUUCUUUAUUCUGUCUGCAGACCAGUCUAGCUGUGAGUAUGUUAUUUAACAAUGUUCUUUGUGACUUUCAGUCAUGGGGAUAGGAGAAUCAUGGGGAUAUAAAGCAAUAACAGCCUCGUUCCAACAGAAAGGCACUUACACAAUGAGCCAAGAUGUGUAAGGAAAGCCAUGAAUCUGCAGAUCUGUACUCAUCAGUCUGACAAGGCUGGGUUGCUCAUGUUUGGCUGUGAAUAACUGCUUCUCUUCCUGAGAAAACUAAACAAGGCUCUGAAGAUAAAGAUAUCACAAUCUCUGUGAUAGCCUAA